AUAAAUAAUCAGUUGCUCGUGCCAUUGUGAAGGUAUGACUUCACCUCAGGCCGUUCGUGUCUAACUCCCAAAGCCCCGAAAACCCAGUGAAAAAAAUGUUAACCCGGAGUGUAGUCCUGCGAUCUCAUCUCCCGCAGUUGUCCCGUGUCCUGAUCCCCAGUCGACUGCACUCAACCGAGCUGAACCCAAAGGUAUCACCAAUCAACCAAGAAGUGAGGUUAUCCCCACACAGACCAAAACAGCCAACUCGUCUCCCCUUCGCCAAGAACUUCUUCGUUGGUCAGUUUGACAAUGAAUUCGCUGCAUUUCCAGUGCCACAGACGACACUUCGUCACGGGGAAUUCUUCGAAUGGCUGAAGCCAAUCGAGAACUACAUCAACACCCUGGACAUUGGGCAAAUAGACAGGGCCAAUGAAAUCCCGGAGGAGGUGUUGGAUAACCUCAGGGAGCUCGGGGUAUUCCGAGGGGCAAUUCCUGAGGAGUACCGGGGAUUGGGCCUCAACAUCUCGGAGAUGGCGAAGCUCGUGGAGACGGUAUCAGCGGUGCCUGUCCUGGGAACGUACCUCCUGAAGAAGCAGACAGCAGUUGCUCAUAUUGUGGAGUUUGCCUCCGAUGCUCAGAAAGCCCAAUACCUCCCGAGGAUAGCUAAUGGGGAGCUCUCACCCACCAUUUGCAUUAGCGAGAACGAAGAUGGCUCCUCUGACAUCGCCAUCUCCACCUACGCCAAAUUGUCAGAUUGCGAGCAGUACUUCAUUCUGAAUGGGACGAAGACGUACGUCUUCGAUGGGAAACGAUCGAAUCUCUUCGUCGUUGUCUGCGAGUGCCGUGAAACAAGCAGUUCUUGCCGACCGGAGGCGGUGACUUCCACCUUCCUCGUGGAAAAAUCUGCGAAAGGCAUAACGAUAUCCCCUCCAGUAGCCACCCUAGGGCUCCGCGGUCUAGACCUCUGUGACGUAUCCUUCAACAAUACAACGAUUCCCCGGGAGAACCUGAUCGGCGCGAUUGGCGACGCUGGUAAAUCAUUCGCGAAGAUCUACGGCGAGGGUAAGCAGUACCUCGGUAGUCAGGCCAUCGGUAUCACCCGAAAAUUCCUCCAGCUCCUAAUCCAACACUUCAAAGCCAACAAAGACUUCAACGCUCUCAAGUUUAAGAACCAAGUGCUCCAGGAUGUCAUCGGAAGAACCUGUGGUGCGAUCUACGGAAUGGAAAGCAUUGUCUACCUGACCUGCGGCAUGAUGGACAUGUUUGAGAAUCAGGAUUGCGACAUGGAGAAGUCCAUGGUGGAGACAUUCUGCGUCGAGGAGUGCCUCCAGAGUAUAAUCUCCGGUGUUCAGCUGAUUGGUCUCACCUCCCUACUGACGGAUCAGCUGUACCAGCAAUUUUUCCGGGAUGCUGUUGCCCUGUCAUCGGUGGAGGGAACUAUUCUCAACACCAAGGCUUUCGUGGCGCUGCUGGGGCUCCAGCAUACGGGUGAUAUCGCCCACGGAAAGGUCAAGAUCCACAGGACACCCUGGAAUCAUCCCACGUACGUCCUAAAGAAGGUCUUUGGUUACGAGCGCACGGCCAAGCUCUACAUAGCCGAUAAUCUUCAUCCAUCGCUGCAGCCGACUGCUGAGAUCCUCGAGUACGCCAUCGCCCGACUCAAGGAGUGCAUCGAAAAACUCUCGAUUCAGUAUGGCAGGGAGGUCUUCGAGAAAUCAGCGACGCAUAAACGAAUCGCCGAGUAUGCAUCUUGUCUCUACGUCAUCUCCGCGACACUCGCCAGGACCAACAGGUCCUACUGCCUCGGCAUGAGAGACGCUGAGAAGGAGGUCUACCUCACCCAGGUGUAUGGGUACAUACUUUAUGAGAGGAUCAAGAAACUCGCUGGUCAAUUAGAGGAUUCCGAGUGGCUCAAUGGAGAUUCCAUUAUUCAGGAUAUAUCGGAUGUUGCAUUUGAGAAGAAUGGGUACUUUAUGGAACAUCCCUUAGCGAGGAACUUCUCGUAGAUGGGAAGAUGUCGAGCUGUCGAGAUGAUGAUUACGAGUUGUAUAGAAUAGAUAAGCCUGUACAAAAUUAAGUUUUUAAGGAUUAAAUGUCGAUAAAAUAUUUAUGGGUUUAUUCGUAA